GCGAGCGAAAUCAAGCGCCCUCCGCAAGAGGGUUUUUUUUCUGGGUUUGUUUUCGUCUGGGAAAAUGGAGGAGUCCGCGUGUUAUCGGUGUAUUGAAUGCAGUACAAAAGCGACUGAGCUGUACAAGGAUUAUCAACGUGGUGUGUUGCGGAUCUCUAUCUGCAAAUCCUGCCAGAAGCCAGUGGACAAAUAUAUAGAAUAUGAUCCUGUCAUCAUCUUAAUUAAUGCUAUCUUAUGCAAAGCACAAGCGUACAGACAUAUCUUGUUCAAUACAAAAAUAAAUAUUCAUGGAAAGCUUUGCAUAUUUUGUUUGCUUUGCGAGGCUUAUCUCAGGUGGCUGCAGUUACAGGAUUCAAGUCAAAGUACUGAGCCUGAUGAUUUAAUUAGAUAUGCCAAAGAAUGGGAUUUCUAUCGAAUGUUUGGAAUAACAUCUUUGGAACAAACUGCCUUUUUGACUGGCAUCUUCACUGCUCUGUGGUUAAUCAAACCUGCUGUCCUGAAAACCAAGGCAGAUUUCAUAUUUCUUCUGAAAGCAUUGCUGUUAUCUAGCUAUGGAAAACUUCUACUGAUUCCAGCAGUUAUUUGGGAGCAUGACUACACUCAUUUGUGUCUGAAGCUCAUUAAAGUGUUUGUGCUGACAUCAAACUUUCAAGCAAUUAGAGUUACUUUGAAUACUAGCCGCAAACUGUGUCUGAUGGUCAUUUUGAAUGGAUUACUUUUCGAAAAUGGCAUCAUUUACUUGUUCCAGAAAAUAGGUUGGGAUGUCUGAGACAAACUUGUUUCCUUAGGAUGAUAGUGAAAAUAUUUUAAGCUGUAGAAAAUAUUGCCUUUCAAGUCAUUCAAUUCAUCACCGGUCAGUAUUUGAUCACUCCAAACAAAGUGGUAAAGAAAUGCUGAAUGUAAAUGAAACUUUCUAUGCCAAACCAACCAAUUGACCCAUAAUAAUUUAAGAGUGAUGCACUGAUAUUUAAUUUUUAUAACAAUUUUGCUAUGUUUGAUGUGAUGGUGUUGUGCUAAAGUAAGAAUAUUGUUCUUUUAGCUGUUCUUUUUUCCUUCUGCAUUCCUUUACAUUUAAAAGAAAAAGGUAUGCGAUUGUUUUAUUAUAAAGUACAAAGAAGAAAAUUAUCAUACUAAAAA